CGAAGCCCGACUCGAGUGUGUGUCGCCAUCACAGUCCGCGUCCCUCAUGCUCGCCUGCACUCAACUGCUGCUACUACACUCGACUCACCUCUCCCCUCCUCGACCCGCUCAAUACUGUUGUAUACCUGUACCCUCGCCUUCUCGCACUGCAUCCUCCGACAGUUCACGUCGCUUAUGCGUCCAUUGCCAGACAGCAAGAGUCCCUGAUGCGCCCGCCAUUGUUGACGGGUUUCCCCUCCGCCGCCGACUCGCUUCGACUCCGCAUUCUCACGACGCCUGGUACAAUCGCACCCAAGCCUCCGCCAACGCAGUCCGAUACCGACACCGUAAUGCUCAAGGCCUAAUUACAUUCCAUACUCAUCCGGGUUCCUCAAAGUCAUCGUACUCGAGACGCAGAUCCCCCUGGUUCGCUCUCAUCGACGGAGUAUUUCUUCUCGGUCCCCGUCCCACCUGCGCGACACGCUCUCGACUGGCCGGGGUCACAGCGGCGCCUGUCAUCGCUGUAUCGCCAACAAAAGUGCUGAAAGAUCAACUACCUCUGUUACACCUUACGAGGGUCGCACUGCAUUACUCGCCAACCACUUUUCGCGUAGGCUACCUUGGAAAGCCAAACCCUUGCCUGCUGGGCUCCGGGUCUUGCGCCGCUGUCAUACAAGACUGGCGACCUCAUUCACCGGGUUCGUUUGGGGUGCCUCAACUCAAGGUAGUAAUCCAAAGACUCGAUCCACUGUAGCGGGCCACGCAAGCCAGCUGGACACAGAGGUUGACGUGAUUCUGCACGCAAGAGGGGCCUUGUCUCGAAACCAAGAUUUAAAUGCACGCAGCCACUCCACAGGGUUUCAAGCCAGGCCAGACGCUUUGUGGGUGCGGUGACACUGUUGGCGUUCUCUGUGCAAGGCACUUCACGGCCUGCAUGUUCUGGCAGCGAUUGAUGGUCUGCUUAUAACAAUAUGACGGCCUCAGAUGUCGAAGAUGGCCGCUCUCGUUCGGCCUCUCCCGACGACAGUGCAACGGAGCAAGUUGCUAAUGAUAUGGCCGAACCGCAAACCAAGGACGAGAAGCCGAAACAAGCGAAUGGGACACCGUCCACCAAUGCCAAAGAUCCUUCCCGACCCAGAAGGAAGAAGGCACGAAGAGCAUGUUACGCUUGUCAACGGGCUCAUUUGACGUGCGGUGACGAGCGACCGUGCCAAAGAUGUAUCAAACGUGGCCUCCAGGAUGCCUGCCAGGAUGGAGUGAGGAAGAAGGCCAAGUAUCUCCACGAUGCGCCCAAUGAGGCACUCAUGCCAGGUGUCGGAGGGAAUCUCUUCAAUCAUCCAGCGAACAAGCGAAGUUCGACAAUCGCCAGUGAUACGUCGUCGCAGCAGCCAUUCUUCCAACAACCGCAGUCUUUCAACAACUUCCACACGCCUUCGCAGAUGCCUCCGCCGAUGCUGCAUGAGCGAAGCAUGAGCGCGACGAGUUUUCCUCAGCAAUCACCCUUGAGCACUAAUUUCACCAGUGUUGGGUCACAAGUGCCGUUGCAGAGCCCAGUUGUUAGCCACGAUCACGCAUCAGCCAACACUAUGGGCAACACUGCAUGGCCAGGGGCGCUGUUCGAUGACCCGACCAUGUUCAACUUCGACCUCGCCAGCAUGAAUUUCGGCAACCAUUACGGUGCUCUCGAGUUUGGGAUGCUGGGACAUAUGGCGACCAAUGCUGGUGAAACCCCUCCUAGCGACAGUGCCACACACAGAGGGUCCAUGUCGCAGCAGUAUCGGAUGCCUUUAGGAAGUUUCAGUGAAAGCCCGACAGCUCGGCAACAGUUCUAUGGUGACACAAUGAUGCCUGAUUGGUCAAACGGAAAUGACGCCUACAACACUCUCGGGCGGUCCAUGGUACCUAACGCUUUUGCGAUAGAGUCAAGUGCCGCGCACUGGACCUCUCCGGACACCAAUGGCACACCAUCGAACGGUGCCGGCAGGAUUGACGACUCCCCUAUGCUGACAGGCUCAGCGAUCCAGGCUCCUCAGACCGGCCUUGACGGAGUGACCAACAACCAGUCUUCCAACAAUGCUGACCAACGCAACCGGGUCCCUCCCACCAUAUCUACUCCCCAGCUAAAGGCCAAGUCCCAGCUACCAACCAAGAAUAUGAAGCGGCCGCGAGAUCCAUCGUCCAUCUAUACGACGGUGACCAGUCCUCACCCGUACACUGCUGGCUUUCACCGUUGUAUCGCAUACCUGCAGAAACGCUUCGCCACACAGCCCUCAAAGACUCUCGCCAUCGCUAAGUCAUUGGCCUCAAUUCGGCCAUCAUUUAUCGCCACGAACAAGACCUUGAACCGCGAAGAUCUUAUUUUCAUGGAAAAGUGUUUUCAAAGGACUUUAUGGGAGUACGAAGGAUUCAUUGAGGGCGUGGGUACGCCAACAAUUGUCGCUAGAAGAACGGGAGAAGUUGCUGCGGUGGGAAAAGAGUUCCAAAUCCUGACCGGCUGGACAAAAAGCGUCCUCUUGGGCCGAGCUCCGAACCUCAAUGUGAAUAGGGGCCAGUCUGGUCAGACGCCUGCAGGAGGAUCCGGCACCACCACUGCACGGGCGACAGGCUUCAACACGCCGACACGCGCUGGUGGCCAAGAUGCAGGGACUGACGAGAAGCGAGCACAGCCUGUUUUCCUGGCCGAAUUUCUCGAUGACGAUUCGGUUGUUCAAUUUUAUGAAGACUUUGCCAGGCUGGCAUUCGGAGACAGCCGUGGCAGCGUAAUGGGGAGAGGGAAACUCCUCAAAUAUCGGACCAAGGAAGACGAGCUUGCCCAGAAUUUCAAUGCGGAGGUCGAUGGGCAUAACGACGAUGGGCGACAAACCAAUGGUGGAGACCCCCGUCGUCCUGAGAACACCCUUGCUAAGCGGCAAAUCGACUUGAAGAGGGAUGGGAUUUCCGGCGAAAAGGGAAUGCAGAAGCUGGGCUCUGCGGAUGGCAAGGUGGAAUGCACAUAUUGCUGGACGGUCAAGCGAGAUGUUUUUGAUAUCCCCAUGCUUAUUGUGAUGAAUUUUCUGCCUUGUAUAUAGGCCCAAAAUGUUUUGUGGUUGUUUUUGUUAUGCGCGCGUGGGGGUUUUUCUGUGAACAGAACAGGGUUUAUGAGUAUGAGCAUGGGAAAAUGUCGGUAUUUUGAGGCUUCGGUGUGUACAGGGCUUUUUGUGGAUGAAUUUUCCUGGCAAGUCAGCGAGCAGGGUUCGUCAGGCGGCUUGAUGUUACUGGUUAAGAGCACUAUCUACUGGAAGAAUGGAUGGCAAAUGUGUGGGAGGCACAUCCAGAAGUCUAUCUAAGUCUGAUCUAUACUUUCUGAAGAACUGUGAUUGAGCCUUCAGUGAAGUCCCGAGACUUUCACAUAUCCGACAUAUUCAUGGGAUUUCUCGGACGCCUGGCAUGCUCAUCCACCAUUCAAGCGGCCCGGAACCUUCGAGCGAUCCUUCUAACAGGUUUGGCGGGAAUGUCAUUCUUUCCUCAGAAUCUCCUUUUCCACUUUCGCCGUGUCAGUGGUUUUCAUCCAGUCAAAGUCCUUCAGCCACGGUUCGUCCUUGAAUUUUUCAUACGCCGGUCUCUGUAGACUCCGCCGGGCGACCUCACAAUCGGUCUUGAUAUCUUGGACAAGGGCCUCGAGCGAGACAUAGUCGUACUCGGGCCGGAUGAAGCCCAGGAUGAGCAGGUUCAGCGCGGCGCCGUAGAAGUCGUAGUCGAAGUCGUGCAGGAUGUGGAUUUCGACGCUGCGCACAG